AUGGAACAAUCGACAACGUCUUGCAGUUGGUCUAUAAUCAGUUUCAGCAAUUUUUCCGUGGAGCAAUUUUCUCCCCCACCGUGCACUGUCAUUGACAACCACCGUGCCGGAACUGUAGCUUCAUCGACGUGUUUUACUUCUUCACAUUAUCUACAAUGGGUAAGAAAAAGUCAGAAGAUUCAAAAACAUAGGGCUGAUGUUAAGCCACUUGAGGUGUCUAUUGCUGCAAAAGAGUUGAAAAAGCGUGAAAAGAAAGAUAUUUUAGCUGCCCAUUUGGCUGAACAGGCAAAAAAAGAAGCUCUUAAAGAUGAUCGUGAUGCUUUCACUGUUGUCAUUGGAAGUCGGGCUUCGGUUCUUGAUGGAGACGAUGGUGCUAAUGCUAAUGUCAAAGAUAUAAUGAUAGAUAAAUUUUCUGUGUCUGCUCGUGGCAAAGAACUUCUGAAGAAUGCGUCAGUGAAGAUAUCUCAUGGAAAACGGUAUGGUUUGCUUGGGCCGAAUGGAAUGGGCAAGUCAACACUUUUGAAGCUUCUUGCUUGGAGGAAGAUACCAGUACCUAAGAAUAUUGACGUCCUUCUGGUUGAGCAGGAGGUAGUUGGUGAUGAUAAAACAGCGCUUGAAGCCACCGUUGUUUCAGCUAAUGUUGAACUAGUUAAAGUUCGUCAAGAAGUUGCUGAUCUACAAAAUGCAGCUUCUUGUGAAGAAGGUGCAGAUAAAGAUGAUACUAAUGCGGAAGAGGAUGCAGGAGAAAAGUUAGCUGAGCUGUAUGAACAAUUACAACUGAUGGGGUCUGAUGCUGCUGAAUCUCAAGCAUCAAAGAUUUUAGCUGGUUUGGGUUUUACAAAGGAUAUGCAGGGCCGUCCUACAAAAUCCUUUAGUGGGGGUUGGAGGAUGAGAAUUUCUUUAGCUCGAGCACUUUUUGUGCAGCCCACUCUAUUAUUGCUUGAUGAACCCACUAAUCAUCUUGACCUGAGGGCUGUUCUCUGGUUAGAAGAAUACUUGUGUCGCUGGAAGAAGACUUUGGUGGUUGUAUCACACAAUAGAGAUUUUCUCAAUACAGUAUGCUCUGAGAUUAUUGACUUGCAUGAUUUCAAACUUCAUUUCUAUCGUGGAAAUUACGAUGCUUCUGAAAGAGGGAUUGAACAUCGUCGUAGCGAGGUGAAUAAGAACUAUGAGAUUUAUCAAAAUCAAUUGAAAGCAGCUAAAAGGACUGGAAACAAGGCUCAACAAGAUAAGUUGAAGGAUAGAGCUAAGUUUGCAGCUGCUAAAGAAGCAUCGAAAAGCAAAAGUAAGGGAAAGGUUGAUGAGGAUGAGGCCCAAGUAGAGGUACCACACAAAUGGAGAGACUACAGCGUGAAGUUUCACUUUCCUGAACCUACUGAGUUCACACCUCCACUUCUGCAGCUUAUUGAAGUGAGCUUUAGCUACCCAAACCGGAAGGAUUUCAGACUCUCAGAUGUUGAUGUUGGCAUUGAUAUGGGGACUCAUGUUGCCAUCGUUGGGCCUAACGGUGCUGGAAAAUCUACACUUCUAAAUCUUCUAGCUGGUGAUUUGGUUCCAAGUGAAGGUGAAGUUCGAAGAAGUCAGAAAUUGAGGAUAGGGAGAUAUUCCCAACACUUUGUGGACCUACUAACAAUGGAUGAAACACCUGUUCAGUACCUUCUUCGUCUGCAUCCAGACCAGGAGGGACUUAGUAAGCAAGAGGCUGCCCGUGCAAAACUUGGUAAAUUUGGGCUACCUAGUCAUAACCAUCUUUCCCCCAUUGUCAAACUAUCAGGAGGGCAGAAAGCUCGGGUGGUAUUCACAUUGAUAUCCAUGUCAAAACCUCACAUUUUAUUGUUAGAUGAACCCACAAAUCAUCUGGAUAUGGAAAGUAUUAAAGCAUUGGCUGAUGCACUGGAUAAAUUCACCGGUGGAGUUGUUCUUGUUAGUCAUGAUUCUAGAUUGAUUUCACGUGUGUGUAAGGAUGAAGAACGGAGUCAAAUAUGGGUUGUUGAAGAUGGUACUGUAAGAAAUUUCCCUGGAACAUUUGAGGAUUACAAAGAAGAUUUGCUGAAAGAAAUUAAAGCUGAAGUUGAUGACUGAGCUUCUUUGUGUGGGACCAAUUUUCAAAUGCAUUUCUGUGUCAUGUUAUACACUUGUCCCUCCUGUAUUUCGCUGCUAAAGAUUACUUGUCCACCCGCAGAUGCCAGCUUUUGCCUCUCUUCUCUCUGCUCUUCAUCUUCAACUGUACAACUGAGUCUGCUUCAUCUUCAACUGUACAACUGAAUGUUGAUUAUGUUGCGGGAAUGCCGUCAAUGCUUUUUGUGAAAUAUACAGUUUUAAAUUUACCAAUAAUAUAUAGAAAUGUGUGGUUCAGCUUUUAUGUCUAAAUAAACAUUUCUAUUUUUUCAAACAUUUUGAUGUUGUUUCCAUUCAACAAAUCUGUCUCAUAAUGAUGUUUUUUUAUUCAAAUUUU